AAAUCGGGCUUCUGUUGCACACACGCCGAUUGUUGUUUUGUUUCGAGCUAACAAAAACACACGCGGAAGUGGUAGCCUUGUGUCUAAGUCGCGUGGCUCGUUGAUGUCCUUGAAAGUUUGUUUUUUUUUCGGACUUUCUUUGUCUAAACCGCGGUUCGCGGUUCGAGAUCAAUUGCCAAAGAUGAGACUUGUCAAGUCAAAAACCCAUCGUACCAUGUGUCAGGGACAGUACAACGUGGAAAGGUGUUGACUAGUGAGCACAAGAAAAAUCUAAACUAUCGGCGCCAAUCGCCUCUGGUCAGUGAUCGCGAUCGGAAGCCUACAGCUUCCGUGAAAAAUUGCGCGCGCUUGUUAAAGGCCAAGCAAAAAGGCAAUUUUAAUUGCCUUCGACUCUCAGAAUUCAGUGCCCAGCAUGAAAGUUUUUAAACUUCUCGGCUGCGAACAGUGGGAUUUAGUUGAGCUUGUAGUGUUGCCAGAAUGGGCUCGACCCUAGUGCCGGAGUGUUUGUUUGUUACGGUUGUCCUCGUAGGAAGUUGUUUUUUGUUUUUGUCCGUGCUUGCCGCCGAUGUACCGAGAAGGAGAAGUGAAGUUACUAGUGCUGCGAACAAUGAAACGAAACCAACUACGGUGGAUAGCUCGAAUGGCAGCGUUCCGACCGCUACAGAGGAGGUGUCGGAUGAAGCCGAUAACAUCGGUCUCAGUACGGUGAUUGUGGAGUUGAAGCAUUAUGGAACGAGAAAUUUUACCUUUUUGGAGCCGGAUCAUAUCCCGAUUACCAAUUUUCUGGAUUUGGAUGAGAAUGUUGACUUGGAGCUGCUGUUUACCGAACAUGUUCAGGCCAACAUGAGCCAGGAUAACAAUCCGGCGGACAAUAUUGUACUUCAGAUUGAGGACUAUGACGACGAAGGCAACACCAAGAGCUACUUUCUGCAUUCAUCGCCAUAUUCUGAAGAUCCCGCCGUCAAUGAAACCGUGCCAACCUCAACAAUUUCAUCGCGGCUUUCAGGCUUCUUUCGGGACGUUCUCCAACGGUUAGGCGUUUACAAGUACAUCGUGAACUAUCGAAACCGACAGAAGGAUGGAGCUGGACUGGUUUCGAAACUUCCCCACCGCUUUCAUCCGAAAGGACUGCGUCACUUGGUGUCAUCAGUCGAGGGGGAUCAGGUGACGACUUCGGCAAGUGCGACCACAGCUGGAGGAAAGCAGAGACCACCAGGGCCGACAAAGUCCUCGAUCGGAAGUCUGUUUGAUCAGUUCAAACAACGCAUCAAAGCCAUCUAUCCGGGCACGGUCUGGUGCGGGGAUGGCAAUCAGGCCAAGAGCGAAAAUGACAUAGGGUUUUUCUACCAAACCGAUGUGUGCUGCCGGGCGCACGACCUUUGCCCAAUGUCGAUUGCCGCCGGGGAGCAGUUUAAUCGACUGCGUAAUAAUGGGUACUUUACCAGAUCCCAUUGUGACUGUGAUAAGCAGUUCUACAACUGCCUGAAGAACGCCAAUUCGCUGGUCGCGAAUCAGAUCGGCUACACGUACUUCAAUCUGCUGAAGCCUCAGUGCUUCCGGCACGAGCAUCCCAAGGUUGUCUGCUCUAAGAAAUCAAAAGGAAAAUGUCUAACCUACGUGGUGGACGAAACAAAGGACAAACUGUGGCAGUGGUUCGACAAUCUGAUCUACUAGCAGCAGUGGCCUGUGGCAGCGGAACACUAUCCGAAAAAAAAGCGAACGUGACGACUUACGACAAAACACACCAAAUCAUGCAUUAUACUGUUUUCCAAUUUAUUUAUUUUUGUAACUUUAAUUUAGCUCUAAGCCAACAGCUGAACGUGUUUGCGAAACAAAAUAGAUAGUGGAAUACCUUA